ACAGACAGACAGACAGAGAGCUGCUGAUCUGUCACUAUGACACACCUGCUGGUUCCCUGUGCCCUCGCCCUGUGGGUGCUGUGCUGUGCUCCCCUGGGUCAAGCAGCAGUGGUGGAGGAUUUCAACCACAUAGAGAGGUGCAAGGACUCGCUCUACAUGGGCACGCCACCGCGGGGCUACCUCAGCACCAGCAUGAAGAAGAUCUGCCAGCGCUACGAGGACAAGCCGCGCUACGUCACCCUCUACGACCCCCGCAAGCACAUCCCCAUCUACUCCGCCUACACCUUCAAGAAGUCUGAUGGGGAGAAGCACGUUGACUUCCCUUGGAUGUUCGAGCCUCAGCUGGCCAGUGAGAAGGGAGGUGGUAACAUGGAGCCAUUCCCCCAGACCCACAUGCACAAUAACUUCGAGGACACGCAGGCGGUGCUGGAGGACUUUUCUGACGUGGUCCAGUACGAGCGUGGCCACCUGAACCCGGACGAGCACCAGGCUGAUCCGCUGGACAAGGCCGCCACCUACACCCUGACCAACGUGGUGCCGCAGAUCCGGGAGUUCAACACGGGCCCUUGGUCCGACCACGAGGACCGCGUCCGCAAGAGGCUCAACAACUACUGCCGCGGCACGGCCUACGUGGUGACCGGCACCACCACCUCCGGAAACAUGAUCCGCCGGGACAACAUGGACCGCGUGGCCAUCCCGGAGUACAUGUGGACCACCUACUGCUGCACCGACUUUGACCACAACGCCCCCUACUUUGUGCGCUACAAGUUCCCCGUGUUCGGCGCCUACGCCCUCAAUGACCGCGUCAACAACCACGUGGUGGAGGUGCCCGUCAAGAACCUGGAGAAGUUCCUGAAGGGGAAAAUGGACGUGGACAAGAACUUCCAGAUCUUCUACAACGACUGCGUCCCAGACUUCUAAAACGUGCCACACUGAUACUGUCCCCACACCCCCCCCACGAGUGUGCCUUCUGGAUUUCCCUCUACAAUUUGGUUUCAAAACGUAGCAAACAAAAU